AUGUUCACGGCGUCCCUGAAAGAGGCCAUGAUAGGCCUGCUGCUUACGUCUAGCGCAGUAAAAGUGUUCGGCAGUGCGACAGAAAACAAUGGGACCGGCACCGCCUGCAAUUUGCUCGCUGCCACGUUUCCGAGCAAGACUUUUGCCCCUGGAUCGGCCAAUUACACCCUGAUCUCGCAGACCGACAUCUACUCCGAGACGUGCGUCCUAGAACCAGGUUGUGUCUUCAUGGCAGCCAACGAGGACGACGUGGCACAGGCCAUCUCCUUUAUCUAUGAGACCAACACCGUCUUCAGCGUCGUCAGCGGCGGGCAUAUGCCUGUGCCUGGCGCACAGUCUAAUAAUGGCGGUGUUAUGUUGGCCCUAACCAACCUGGACAACAAGACCUUGAGUGAUGAUCAUUCAGUGGCCUCGAUUGGGCCUGGCAACCGCUGGGUCGAGGUAUACACCUGGUUGCAGCCGUAUGGGCUCGCUGUGGCCGGUGGACGUUACUCGAGUGUAGGAGUGGGUGGUGUGUUAAUUGGCGGAGGCAUCAACUUCUUCGGAAACCGGUACGGCUUCAGUGUGAAUACCAUCGUGGGCGUCCAGGUGGUCCUUGGGAACGGGUCCAUUGUGGAAGCGUCGGCAACGUCGCAUGCGGACCUGUUCUGGGCGCUCAAGGGCGGCAACAACAACUACGGCGUGGUUACGCGCUUUGACCUAAACACCAUCCCAAUCACGAGUGCGUACGGUGGCAUCGCGGGCUGGCUCGGCACCGAUCUUACCUCCCAGUUUGUUCAGGCUAUCGAGGACUUUCUGCUGUCUCCAGAAGGCAUUGACGAUCCCUAUACCGAAAUCAACCCAAGCAUCACCGUCCAGCCAUCAUACUACGGCAAUGGCACUGGCCUCUGGGAGUCCGUCCUUGUGCCCUUUGUCGCUGGCAACUACUCUUCGGUCUCGGGCCCACCGUCCCUGGUCAACUUUACCAAUCUUCCAGAUCCUGUGUCCAUCAGCGUGCUCGGGCAAGAGGACAAUUAUGUCGACAUUCUCAACACGGUCGAGUCCAUCAACACCGAAGACAUAUACGGCAAGGGCCAGAUCUACGGGUGCCUGUCGGCCAAGAUUGCGCCGGGCGUCGUGCAGUUGGCUGUCGACACCGUUCUGACGCCCGCCCUGACUCAGCUCGCCAAUGUGAGCGGUGCAUUUGUGGCCAUAAGCCCUGAGGCCAUAAGCUCGUCCAUGCUUCAGGUUGCGCAUGACUCUGGCCCGUAUGCCAUCGACCUUGACCCCGACGACGGGGCCUUCAUAAUUAUUCUGGCGACAGUCACCUGGGACAACGCAUCCGACGAUGAGCUCGUUCAGACCUUCAUGAACAACACCCUCACGAAUCUCGAGAAUGUCUUGGUACAAAAUGAUUUGUUCUACAACUACAUCUACAUCAACGACGCCGCGCCGGGUCAGUACCCCUAUUCCACCUACGGCAAUGGCCAAAGCCUGGACCGAAUGAAGGCUGUCCAAACCUCGUACGACCCACUCGGAGUCUUCAAGGAUCUUAUCACUAGCGGAUUCAAGCUUUGA